UGAGUUGGCGAUGUUAGGGUGGUGGGUGAAGUAGCGGUGAUCAUGGGGAUGUGACUUGUUGCAUUCUACCCAUCGUCUUCCUGCGUCUUGUGAUCUCCUUCUCAAGAGGGGUUUCAGUUCAUUACUUCGGUGGUGAUGAGCUCAAAUUGUUUCUGUAUUGCAAGGGAGAUUCUGCUCGAAGAAACUUGUGCUCAAAUGUGUCAGAUUUCGGGAGAAUUUUGAGUGGGAUGUUUAUUCAUGAAUAGUAGCAAAUUACAAUACUUUUUCCUAUGUCGGCAGCCGUGGUGAGCGAAUAAUGUCAUAAAAAUAGCUGCACAAAAGGUGUGGUUCUGUUGGCGAGAGUUUGGGUUUUAGAGUAUUGGAGUGCGAGUAUUCAUUUGCAUUGUGUUGGGUUUGAUUGUUUUAGGAGAAGAAUUCGCUGCGAGUGGUGGUUGUGAGAUCUUGGCAUUGCCUCCCCAGGCAGAUACUUGGAGGAAGGGACUCCUCUUUGUGACAAGGUAUUUCGUUCACAAACUGCGGUAGCGAGGGUGGAUCAUUGAGGAGCGGAGGCAGCACUCACCGGGAUCGACAGGCAAUGAGAUCGAACGAUCUUUGAAGGAGCUGGUAUUAUUUCGUCACUGUCGUCUGUGGCCGCUCGCAAGCACACGCGAUGGACGGUGCCGAAGUCAUGUCAGGAAUGUCUGAAGUAGGGCUCCCCCUGCCACCGCCUCCGCCGGUGCCCCCAGGAGCUUUUCCUGCCAUAUCCCCAGGCUAUGAAAAGGCAUUGCCUCCGUCUGGGCUCAACCGUGAACCGAACGAAGGUCACACUGGUCAUGACGGAACUCCAAAGGGAGCCAGCGGCAGCUCUGCCCCGAUUUCACCAGCGCUGGCUCGAAUUCCCUUGCCGAAGAAAGCAACAAGACCAAGCUUUGGAAAGCUUGGACGUCCUUCUAAAUUGUGUAUGAAUCACUUCAAAACCAGCAUAGUGAAAUGGGACGACGUUUACCAAUAUAGUGUGUCGAUUGAGCCAUCUGUGAAGGACAAGAAGCAAUGUCGUGAGAUCAUGAAGAAGCUCCGGGAGACAUAUGGGGAGGCUGAGUGCGGUGGAAAGCAGGGUGCUUACGAUGGGGAGAACUGCUUGUUUACAAGCGGUAGCUUGUCUUUCAAUACAAAGGAGUUCCCAGUGUUCCUGGAGGAUUCAAAAGGCUCCUCGUAUCGACCUGGUGACCGGGAUGGAAAGACCGGCGACAGUACAUCAACGCACAGUCCUACAGGUCAAGAAGUCUUUCCGAAAAGGAGAAAGACCGUGUCCCGGGGAAGAGAGUUUUCGGUGAAAAUUGAAUUCGCGGCCACUAUUCGGAUGAAGGUUAUUGAUGACAUGAUGAAGGGAGUGAUGGGCAAGGGUGAUUUGGACCAGGAGACACGAGCUCUUGAUGCAUUGCGCGUGCUGGAUAUAGUGCUUCGUGAGAAUGCUUCCGAAAGAGGCUAUCUUCUUGUUAGGGACAAUUUCUUCCAUCCAGAGUUGGGUCCGGUUGGCGACUUGGGAGAAGGAGUGGAGGCUUGGAGAGGUUAUCACUCGAGUAUAAAGCCAACUGGAUUGGGGUUGACUCUCAACCUUGAUGUCACCAUGACAACUAUACUGAAGCCCAUUACGGUAGAGAAAUUCCUUGCUGAAUAUUUCGGUGUCAGAGACCUGAAUGGCUUGCAAGCAAGAAACUGGACUAAAGCGAAGUCCAUCCUUAAAGGUGUAAAGGUCGAAACAACACACAUGUCUGUGUCACGCGAACAUAAAAUCUCAGGUUUCAGUGACCGUGCCAUUCGGGAUCUCAAGUUCUCGAGAAGGGUCAAAGAUGGUGAAGGCAAUAUUGGGGAAGAGGAAAUUUCAGUACAACAGUAUUACUCUGACGUGUACAUGUACACUCUAAGGUUCCCAGACCUUCCAGCACUUGUUUCCGGGAACAAAAAGAAGGCCACGUUCCUACCAUUGGAGCUGUGUAAGAUUAUCGCUGGGCAACGGUAUACCAAGUCUCUAUCCAGCAAGCAAAGGCAAUUGCAGAUCGCCGCUUGCAAGCAGUCUCCGCAGGAGCGUCAGAGGAUCUGUGAGAAUGCUAUGGAAGUCAGCAAGUACAGCUCCGACAAGCUGAUAGCAGAGUUCGGUCUGAAGUUUGAGAGCAGUCUGGCCGGUGUCACAGGCAGGAUAUUAAGACCUCCUCAGCUUGAGUUUGGACAUGGAAGGACCGAGGAACCAAGGGACGGACGGUGGAACUUCAACCAGAAGGAACUGAAGCAAGGAGCAAGAAUCGAUACCUGGGCUGUUGCUAUAUUUGAUGGGCGCUGCAGUGAUGGUCAACGCAUCGCAGAAAGUUUGGUCGACUGUUGCUGCAAGAGAGGAAUGCAAAUGCGGCAAGCAGCGAUUGUGGAGAAAGAGCCCCCGAGUUCUCAGAGAUUUUCUCCUGAACAACGGGUUGAGAGGAUGAUUACCGCACUAAAGCAGACAAAGCCUGUAUUUAUCCUGGUCAUAUUACCUGACAAAGACAGUCCAAUAUAUGUUCCAUUCAAGCGGUUCUGUGAGAUGAAGAUUGGGGUUGUUUCGCAGUGCAUGGUGAAGCCUCGACAGCUUAAUGAUCAAUACCUGGGAAAUCUCGCCUUGAAGAUUAAUCUCAAGAUGGGGGGAUUCAAUUCGCCGCUUAGCCCCAGAAUGGUUUCCUGUCUUGGCCCGUCGACAAUCAUCUUUGGGAUGGACGUGUCGCAUGGGUCGCCUGGAGAAUCCAGUGUCCCUUCGAUUGCAGCCGUGGUUGCAACCAAAAAUUGGCCGGACGUUUUUCACUACUCGACGCAAGUGAGAAUUCAGCCCGCCAAAACGGAGAUGAUAGAAGGGCUCCACGAUUCGAAAGGUGGAAUGGUCAAGGAAUGCUUGAAAGCAUACUACAUAUCAUGCAGAAGUCCAAACUAUCGCAAACCAACCCAAAUAAUUGUUUACAGGGAUGGAAUCAGUGAAAGUCAGUUUGCAGAAUGUUUGGAGGUUGAGUUUACUGCGUUUAAAAGGGCAUGUGCAGAACUGGAAGAAGGAUAUAAUCCCGGUAUCACCUUCAUUGUUGCUCAAAAGCGACACAAUACUCGUUUCUUUCCUCAAGGCCCUGACAAUCAGAUGCGCAAUGGAAACGUUCUUCCAGGAACUGUUGUCGACAAGGACGCUUGCCACCCUCACAACUAUGACUUUUUCCUCGUCUCUCAAGCUGGCCUUAUUGGUACGUCUCGUCCCACGCACUAUCACGUUCUCGUGAAUGAAAAUAAGCUUUCGCCUGAUGACAUUCAGGGCUUGACAAACAAUUUGUGCUACACGUUUGGCCGCUGCACAACAUCAGUUUCUAUGGCGGCCCCAGCAGCUUAUGCCCAUGUCGUGGCAACGCGGUAUAGGAAGUUGGUGGACACCAUGGGAGGGGGUUCAGACACUUCUUCUUUCAGGAGCUCGAAAGAAGGCGGUGCUCCAAAGCCCCCUUUUCCCGAUCUUCCAGUUCUAAAGAUCAAGCCAGAGCAUUCUAUGUUCUUCUGUUAACUUGUCUCCAUUUUUCUUCAGCACUCUUGCAAGGAUUUUGUGGAGAAGUUAAGCGAUUUUGUUAGACUAGCUAGUCGUGUACAUAGCUGAAGUGCUCAUUACUGCUCUACCUUUUCGAGAGAGGGGAGUUAACGUUGUAUACAGAAUAUAUGCUGUCUAUGACAGUAUACUUCUGAAGGGUUCGAAGUUGUCUUUGUGCAGACGUUUUAAGACUGAUUCGUUCAGUUCAGAGAACAUGUUUUUUUUUUUUUUAAGAUUUCACGAUGAUUAUUACAACUUCGUAUCAAGAAUUCUGAAAGUAAAUUACGUCUUCAUUGAGGAACGUUCUUUCCACUAAUUUUGUUA